AUGCCUCACUUUGAUAAUCUCUACUAUUAUCCUAUCUUCACUACUUAUCGCAACGACGUCCCGUUGAACUCCCAUUCAGGCAUAGUCAAAGCUAGGCAUAUAUUUGAACUUUAUCACUGCUACGCUGAUAAACAUAAUAACCAUACCUCCCCGUAUUUGGAAUGGCACCCGGACCCCCUAGAACGACGCAUUCACCAAUCGCCCAAUGUAGAGGCGUAUCACUGGGACGACUCGGAAACGCACUGGUAUGUUGGAAUCAACACCAGUCACGCGUUGCACGGAGCAUACCGGCAUGCGCUUCAAACACUAGGGGACGCUCUGCAACCGGAGAAUUGGGAUCGCAGCGACCCCUGGCGCAACUACAACUUUGACAAUAAACUUGCUGAGAUCGGAAUGCUGCACAUACCCAAGCCUGCUAGCUUUUGA